AUUUAACUCGAAGAUUUCCUUAUUAUUUAAUUAAUGCUCAUUCCUACCCCGGAAUUUCAAUCCGAAUCAAGAAUUUCACAUUGUUGAAAUAUAACGGUUGACAAUCUACAGUAUAUGCGUUAAUGGUGCAAGAGUUCUCGUUCCACCAUAUGCAGCCUCCCUAUUUGAUCCUUUUCAGACUCAGAAAGGAAACAGAAGGAAAAGGGGCUACAAAAAUGUCAGAUUAUAUACCUAAAGAAGUCUUGAUCGAAAUUUUCUUAAGAUUGCCUGUGAAAUCACUCCUUAGAUGCAGAUGCGUAUGCAAAUCAUGGUACUCUCUAAUCUCCAACCAGAACUUCAUUUCCUUGCACACCAGGAACACCAUUGAAAGCAGCAGCAAAAACAAAAACAGAGAUUACCUGCUCCUGAGGCACUAUUCCAGAGUUGACAAGAAAGAAAGAUUCACCUUACACUUGGAUGAUGAUGAUUUGUUCGGUAAGUAUCAAGAACUUGAUUUUCCAUUGAAUAGUAGCUGGGAUUAUUUUGAGAUUGUUGGUUCUUGCAAUGGAAUUGUCUGCUUAACUGAUAAUCAUUCACACAUAUUGAAACGCAUAGUUCUAUGGAAUCCUUCAAUAGGGUUAUCUGUAACCCUUCCCCUUCAGCGAUUUAGCUAUAGAGUUUCUAAUGUAAUUCUUGGGUUUGGAUUUGAUUCUUGGACUAAUGACUACAAGGUCAUCAGAAUUGUGUAUUAUUCCACCGAUGGGGGUUCUCUGAUGGUUCCACCAGAUGUUGAGAUUUUUGAGCUAAGUAAAGGGGCUUGGAGAAUCAAUAAUUCUGCAUCUUCUCCUGCUUAUGUUGUCUCGAAAUAUUCAUCACAGACAGUACUAGAAGGGGCUAUCCAUUGGGUUGGAUAUUAUAAUCCAAGAGGACUAACAAUAGCAGUAUUUGCUGUGCAUGAUGAGGAAUUUAAAGAAUUCAAGAUGCCUGAUGAAAUUGUUACCACAAAUGUGCAACAUUUAUCAGUCAUGUUAUGUAGUCAAUUGCUUUCUCUGAUACAGUAUAGGAAACGAACAGGUCAUCUGUGUUAUGAGAGUUGCAGUAUUUGGGUAAUGAAUGAAUAUGGUGUACAUGAUUCCUGGAAUAAAUUGUUCAACGUGGUUGUCCCUGGAGGUUUAGGGAAGACAUUAGGCCUUAGAAACAAUGUUGAGGUUCUGCUAGUGGGGGCUGAUGGGGAGCUGAUUUCAUAUGACCCAUGGAACCAAAGAGUAAAAAGAUUGGGAAUCAAUGGUGAAUCAUGCUCCUUCUAUGCAGAUCUAUAUAUGGAGAGUCUAGUUUUAUUGAAGGGUAAAAAAGGGGUUUUGGUGCACUCAAUUUCUGGGACUGCAACAAUUUAAAGAUCAUGAAUUUCGGCUAAAAUAAAGCAGCUAAAGGCUAAAGGAAUAGUGAAGCUCCUCAAGCUGCUGUUUUAUGCUGGUGGGAUGGCAGGCAAAGCAGACAGGACAGGCUCCCAUGGAAAUAGAGAGAUUGAUUGAGCAUCUACCAUUACCAGUCUCAAUACAUGCAUGAAAGGUUAAAAAAUAAUAAUAACAAUAACAAAAAGAGCUGUUACAGAAUGAGUAACAGAGAAGUGAAGCAGAGUAAAAGAUGUGUUUUCUUUUUAUAUGGUGGUUUGUUUCAAAAACUCUGUUAUGAUCAAUUGUAACAACCCUACAAACAGAUAAUAGAGUUACAAUUUUAUUUGCAGAAA